AUGUUGUUCCUGCUCGUCUUAGCCUACUACGGCGCUUUCGCCUUAGAGCCAGCCACUGCUAGCACGCGUAUUAUUGGAGGCCAGUUCGCGAUGCCUGGCCAAUUUCCGCAUCAGGUCUCGCUACAGCUACGUGGCCGCCAUCAUUGCGGUGGUUCACUCAUUUCGCCAACUAUGAUUGUUACCGCCGCCCAUUGCACCAUUAAUCAGAGCCCGUCACAAAUUCGCGUCAUCGUUGGGACAACUGAUCUGCUUGCUGGUAAUGGCAAGUCCUUCAACAUCGCCAAAUUCAUCAUCCAUCCGCAAUACAAUCCACAAACUCAGGAUUACGACCUCUCGCUUAUUCAGUUGACCGAAUCGGUGCCGUUGGGCGAUGAUAUCGGCACAAUUGAAUUGGCCGAUAUGGAAGCGAAUCACGCAGCGGACACGGUGGCCACUAUCAGCGGCUUUGGUGCCAUCAAUGGUAAUCUGGAGUUGCCCAAUCGCUUGAAGUAUGCCCGCGUACAGCUGUGGAGUCGCGACUUUUGCAAUUCGCAGAAUAUUCCGGGCAUUACGGAUCGUAUGGUUUGCGCGGGCCAUCCUAGUGGACAGGUAAGCGCCUGCCAAGGUGAUUCUGGUGGUCCACUGACCGUCGACAACAAACUCUUUGGCGUGGUUUCAUGGGGAUUCGGCUGUGGGGCACCGGGCAAACCUGCCAUGUACACCUACAUUGGUGCGCUACGCUCGUGGAUCAAACAGAACUCUGGCGUUUGAAGGGAGAGGCGUUUGAGAG